GUCGCUUUCAGAAGAAGACGAACCCCUACGACCAGGUGGCGCAUUUGCUACCGUCACGCUCGCUUGCUUCUGGGUUCGCCCUGCUGUGGAGAGGAUGCUGGAAGACAAGUAUAUUGGUCUGGCUCUGGCCAUGACCUCCAGUUUAUUCAUCGGCACAAGCUUCGUAAUAACCAAGAAAGGCUUGAUGCACGCAGAGGAAAGGCACGGCUUUGAAGGCGACGGAUUCGUCUACUUAAGGAGUCCGAUGUGGUGGGCGGGCAUUAUCUGCCUGGUUCUUGGGGAAAUCUUCAAUUUUGCGGCAUACGCAUUCGCGCCGGCGAUCCUCGUCACUCCGCUGGGGGCACUAUCCGUCUUGAUAGGAGCCGUGCUAGGCUCCUACUUUCUCAACGAAGAGUUGGGAACCCUCGGCAAGCUUGGGAGCGCCAUCUGUCUGAUCGGAGCUAUCAUUAUCGUCUUGCAUGCGCCUCCUGAUGAGGAGAUUGAGACCAUCGACAAGAUCCUCAAUUAUGCGAUCCAGCCAGGCUUCCUGUUUUACUCUCUCGCCGUCUGUAUCUUUGCGGCUGUCAUGAUCUACAAAGUCGCGCCUGUCUACGGCAAGAAGAACCCCAUCAUCUACAUGAGCAUCUGCUCCACCGUAGGGUCUAUCUCGGUCAUGUCCGUGAAGGCUUUCGGCAUCGCGUUGAAGCUGACCUUCGCGGGACACAACCAAUUCACGCACCCUUCGACUUAUGUCUUCAUGAUCAUUACCGCCGUCUGCAUCCUAACACAGAUGAACUACUUCAACAAGGCGCUCAGCCAGUUCCCCACCAACAUUGUGAAUCCCCUCUACUACGUUACUUUCACGACCGCAACACUAUGCGCUUCCUUCAUUCUCUUCAAGGGUUUCAACACGACCGAGACUGUCAACACGCUAUCCCUUAUUUGUGGUUUCCUGGUCACUUUUACGGGCGUCUAUCUGCUCAACCUCAGUCGCACAGACCCUAACGGGACCAAAAUGUUGGCCCGGCGCAACGCCGGCGACGCGACAGGUACUGAUAUGAUUUCAAGCAUCCAAACCCGUAUAAGUAUGGAGGCUCGGCGCUCGCAGUCGCAUCGUACGAGCAUCGGAAGCAACCGCGCGGGCGAUCGUGAAGGCUUGAUCCGGGCAUACGACGAGGAGGAAGCUGCCGGUUUCGGGCUGACAGACCUCGCCGAGGACACGGACGAAGAGGAUGACCCAAGGUCGCCCAUGAUCCCCAACCACCCGCAGAGUAACGGUCACCGCCCGAACGGGGGAGUCCACCUCAGCGCCAAGAACGCGAGCGAUUCAAUAGAGCUGCAGAACGUAAAGGCUGGGGAUAGGUGACGACCUUACCAUGCGACCGGUUUUCAUUUUCUUGGUCUAUUUUCCCCCAUCGUUUUAGACGGCGUCGGCCCGAUGCAUAGCCUUCCGACUUUUCGCCUGUUGUCUCUUGCUCUCUUCGGCUCUCUUGGCCCACCCAGCGAGGGCGCCGACUCCACGGUUUCUCUCCGCUUUCUCCAGACUUCUCCCGGGGCCUAGCAUAGAAAAGGGAAACGUGGCCGCAACCGCGCGAGCCAGUCACUUUUUGAUGCCUCUCUCGGAGCGAGCCACACGAAAAUUCAG